GCCUAUAUUGAAAGAGAAAAUCCACUUUUGCUCUUAAUACGGGUAUAUAUAAUAUAUAUAUAUGAUCUCACUCUCUGUAAUUUCACUGUUAUACUCAGACUAUAUAUGAUAUAUAAUGAAUAUAUUUCUUUUGAAAUGAUUUUUUAAACUUUUAAUCUUUCCGUUAAAAAUCUGUAUUCGGUUAUUAAAUAUGUUGCUUUUAAUAAUAUGGCCAAGGGUGGUCUUUUCUUUGUCGUUGUACAUUCAUCAAAUAAUUUUUUGCAGCUGCUCAGUGUUUCGCUUUACAGACCAUCGAACCGUUCAUUCGUAAUUCAUAUAUCGAUAUCAGGAACUACUCGAAUAAUGCAAUCAAAUUUGGUGCUUAAGAUUAUCUUGAUCUCCUUAUGCUACGAAAAUGUUAAUCGGCGAAAUCGGAGUGCGAUCACUACCUACCAUACUUGUCAUUUAUGCUUUACCUAAUCAUCUCAUGACUUUAUACCGUAUACUCGUAUGUCGGUCAACAUGCAUUCCAAUCACUCUGGCAAUCUAUAAGGAACUGACUUGAAGCAUUUAGUUUAACCCUAUAUUUCUUAUAGUUCACUCAUAUGCGUGAAUCUACAUUUUUCUCUCUUUGUCCCCUAAUUUCAUCGCCACUAUGAUCAGACCUCACAUUGUCACCUUUGCAAUAUUUUUUUGCCCUGAACAGGGUAUAUUAAGUUUGCCACCAUGUUAGUAACACCCAGAAAGAAAUGUCGGAGACCCUAUAAAAUAAGUAUAUACAUAUCUAAAUGAUCAGCGUCUGUCUGUCCAUCCGUCUCUGCAGGGUAUUAUAGCUUCGUUGUAAUCGAAGUUUAACGUUUUUUCUUGUUUAAUAUUCAUUAUAAUAUUGUUUUAUAAACACCGGCAAAUAUUUCAGCACUUUUGAUAGUUACAAUUCGCUAGAGUAUGAAAUGUUCGGUUAAAUCCACACCUAGCCCAUAUUUACCUGUUUUAUUUGUUUAAAUUAAAUAUUAAGUACUUAAAUAGCCAAACGUGUAUGCAAUUAAAUGCUUAAGCAUUAAUCGUAAUAAUAUAAUAAAGUUAUUAAAAAAGUAAGGAAGGUCCAAAAGCAAUUUUCAAAAAUCAAAGCCCUAGAAAUACUUUCAGGUGUUGACAAAGCUUUAUAUUAAAAAUGUUGCAUUAAAAUUCAACAUUCAUUAUUCGAUGAAACCGCCUUUGACUCCUUUCCAUUCAUUACUAUAUUUUGAUAUAUACAUAUGUAGGAAUAACUCAACCAAAGUGGCAAAUUUAAUAUAUUGGAUUUGGGAUAGGAAGAAUAAGUCAAUCAGUUAAUUGGGUAUCAUUAUAUUAGGGAUAUGAGGUUUAGAGCAAGAUAUAGACCAACGCUAACGCAUCAUAUUUAGGAAACAAAUUGGAAAAAGGAAAGUCGAAAAUCACUACAUCUGCUAUAUGAGGGCUACGGGAAGCUCUGGGCUGAUUGCAUACACUUUUACUUUCCUCAAGUCACGGACACAUUAUCGACGAAUUUCAAUAAUAUACCUCACAUAUUGACCGAUUUUUUUGUUAAAAGUCAGCUAUAGGCACUUGGGCCCACAUAUUCGAUAACUGGGGAUUUAAAAUGUAUGGUCCGAUUUCGGCUAUUUUUGGGCAUGAAAAGGAAUAUCUUGUAGGCACUAUUUUUGUUCCUUCAUCUUCAUUGAAAUUGUAUAAUAUUAAAAGUGGGCGUAAUUGUAGUUUGAUUUUUGGGUUAUGAAAUUUCAACAAAAAAUUUUGCACUGAAUCCUAUGCACACUUUCCGCGCCAUUGCGAGUGUGAAAUUUAAUGCUUCUGACGAAUUUUAGCGAGUUAUGGCUCCUUUAAUAAUUAUCAAUAUAACCAUUAUGAGUUGAGUGGGCGUGGUUAUCACCCGAUUUCAUCACUUUUCACACCAUAUUAGGAGAGGCUGAAAGUACUUGUCCCCAACAAGCUUACGCAAUUUAGCAAAACAAUUCUACUCUGUUGCAACAUUUUGCGUGAGUAUAAAAUCUGUAGAUUUCGUUUAAAUAAAGUUUAUAGGGGAUUUUUAUCGCUAAAUAUGUGUACCCUUAAUAAUAAAAAUGCGAUUUAUUUAUAACCUGACCCGUGUAGCGAUUAUCUCAAUUUAGUUUUCGCUUUUGGCUUGAAUUUACCAUAAUGAGUUUUGCUGGCAAAGUUGUAAUUGUGACCGGUGCUAGUACAGGAAUUGGUGCGACAACAGCGGAGGCUUUCGCCAAACUGAGUGCCAAAGUCGUUCUCGUCGGACGCAAUGAAGCAAAGUUACGCUCUACUGCAGCAGCCUGUAAAUUAGCCAAUAAAGAGGCCGAAGAAUUGAUUAUCACUGCCGAUGUAACGACGAAUGCGGAAUUUAUUAUAAACUCAACAAUUCAGAAAUUCGGACAAUUGGAUGUAUUAGUCAAUAAUGCUGGGAUUUUUUAUGGAGGCAACAUAUUGAAUAUUGACGUGGAACAGUUUGAUAGAAUAUUAAAUACGAAUUUGCGUUCGGUCUUCCUGUUGACUAAAUAUGCCGCCCCACAUCUCGUGAAGGCCCAAGGAAAUAUUGUGAAUGUGUCCAGCGUCGCAGGUCUGCGUUCAUUCCCUGAUGUUUCGGUCUACUGCACCUCCAAAGCGGCACUUGAUCAAUUUACUCGAUGUGUCGCCUUGGAUUUAGCGCCGAAAAAUGUGCGUGUAAAUGCUGUCAAUCCUGGGGUCAUUGCAACAGACAUUCAAAUACGUAACGGUGUGACGGAAGAGGAAUAUGCAGAUUAUUUGGAAAAAUGCAAGGAGACUCAUCCGCUCGGUUGUGUAGGAACAACAAAGGAAGUGGCCGACGCUAUCAUUUUCUUAGCAAGUGAGAGUUCUAGCUUUAUAACGGGAGCAACUCUUUCCGUCGAUGGAGGCAAACAUGCGCUUUGUCCACAUUAAUGGUAUAUUUGAUAAAGAGGAACGCAAAUAAAGUUUAGGUGUGUUUCUUAUGUCAUAUAUGUGAUAAAGAUAAGGUUGAUAUAAAAAAUAAAUAAUGUACGUAUCUUCCAAA